GAGCUCUACGUGACCAGAGCGCGCUCACGCUGCGACGCUUGGCCGGCUGCUCCUGACCGCAUGAGCUCCAUCAUCCAGCCGCAUCGAUCUCAUCAUCCACGUCCUCUCAGCCUUUCCUAACGACCUUCAGCCUCUUUAGCUCAACGCUUUUCUUUGUCUCUUCCCCCUCUUUGAUGAUCUGCUGCUGUUUGGGAGGAAAAACGGGGACCAGCAUCAGCAUCACUGCGGACCCAUCUGCUGGGACAACAGCUAAUUCUUUCCUUUCUUUGUUAUCUGGCUCGCAUCGCAUCUAAGGUCCAUGGCGAAAACCAACGCGUCAUCCAACGCAGUGACAGGUGAAAAGAUGGCCCCACCAUCCAUUUCUCUGCUUCCUGAGAAGAAAUCUCCAACAAAUGGUGACAGCUCUCCUGUACGAACUGGAAGAACAACUCCAUCAAACGCAGAGAAGAAGCCACACAUGAAUGGACAUGCCUCCCCUUCACAUCUAACUAGUAACAAUCAUGGAGGGAAACAAAGUCAGGAGGGCUACAUGAAAACUGAUGACAGGAUGCGUUUAGCCAAAGAGAGACGCGAGGAGAGGGAGAGAAGUCUGGCGGCCAGGGAGCAGCUGAUCAGGGAGAAGGAGCGCAGGGCUCGGCUGCAGUACGAGCGCACCGUGGAGGAGCGUUGGAGACGGCUGGAGGAGCAGAGGCAGAAAGAGGAGCUCCGUAGAGCUGCAGUGGAGGAGAAAAGAAGGCAGCAGCUGGAGGAGGAGAGGGAGCGGCUUGAGGCCCUAAUGAAACGUUCUUUGGAAAGAAGCCUUCAGCUGGAGCAGAGAACCAAACGCUGGGGAAGAGGUUACCCAGGAGCAGGUGACUGUGAGAAUGCCCCAAUCCCUUUCUCUGCUGCCUUCGCCUUUUCCCAUGGCAUUGCCUCCCCCCAUCCUGCUGUCAGCGGAUCCGCACCCUGCAGUCCUCACAGGUCACCUUUCUGCAACACGCUGAAUUCUGCAGCUCAUAGCAGAACCGGACUUCAGGGUGGCUCCCAGUCCACCCCCAGCACCCCUAAGAAGGAACGUCUGCGGCGAGAGAGAAGAACCGCAUCCCCUGGCUGUGGAUCGCCUCUGAGAAGAUCUGAGUCGCCAGCAAGUGUUACUAAGCGGCUGACUUCCCCCAAUGCAUCCAGAUUAUCAUCCAAGAUGCGAGCACAGUCCCCUGGCAGUUCUCCGCAGUACCACCAUUCUCCAAACAGGCAUCACCCAAACUUGAGUGACGACAAGAAAGGAGAUGAUAAGAAGCCAGAAAGAAAGGGUGAACAGCCCCAAGCUAACCCCAUAGCAAAAACCAACGCAGACACCAGUAACCUAAAACAAUCUCCACACAGUCCAUUUGAUAAGAACCUCAACAGAAACCCACCCGAGAAAAAUCCUGCAGACAGAAGGAACCAAAUGUCCCCCAGAAUGGACUCCUCAGAGAGAAGAUUGCAAGUCAAUGGACAGACUGGAGACAAGGAAUCUACAGCAGUCGCAUCCACAGGGAAAGUGGGAGCUGGCACAUCAAAUGCAGAGGAGGCUACAAGGCUGCUUGCAGAGCGCAGGCGUCAGGCUCGAGCCCAGAAAGAACUGGAAGAGAUAAAAGAGCAAAAAGAGCAAGAAGAAAGGAAAGAAGAACAAAGGAAGCAGCUCGCUCAGGGGGAACAGCGGCAAGAGGCAAAGGCACAGCAGGGUGAGGUGGGGCAGAACAAUAUGACGGACCACCACAGGAUGAAACUAGAGGAAGACAAAAGAAAGGAAGAACAGCGGCAGAACCAAAUUGAAGCAGAGCAGAAAGAAAAAGCCAAAGUGCAGGCUGAAAAAGAUGCAGAGCGUGAGCGGCAAGGCAGGGAACUUCAGACACAACAGGAAGAGGAGGAGAGGCAACUCAGGAAAAAGAGAAUUGAGGAGAUCAUGAAGAGAACCAGAAAGGGUGAAGCUGACAUGAAGAUGGAGGAGCAGGUGGAGACAAAGCUAGUCUCACCGCCAGGGGAUGUAAUUACCAAAGCUCGUGUCAUCAAGCACCAAAGCAAAAAGGUUGAGUUUCAGGUAGCAGAGCAAAAAACAGAGCAGAUUCAGACAAAGGAAAGUGUUUUCCUUAAGAAAGAAACAGCAGCAGCACAGGCGGACAGUGAGAAGGGUAAACAAGUUCAAAACAACAGUCAUCUGGUCACACAGACACACGGUGUUUCUGAAAAGAGACCUGAGAAAAAACAAACCAGUAAAGAGAACGGCGGCAGUCAACUCAACAGAGAGGUAAACACCAGUUCAUUCAAGCAGCAGGGAAGAGAGACGGACCUGAAUCUGAACAAGCAGCACAAAACUAAUGUCAAAAUCUCCACACAAACCUACAAAGAGUUGACUGAGUCAACAGGAGACGUCAAAGUAAUGGAAAGACAGGGGAGGGUGAUGAAUGGAGCGGUGAAGGGGGAAGAAAGUGCCUUAACAAUUCCUAAAGGAGGCACACAGCAAAGCAGUGUGUCUGUCUCAGCUGAGGGAAAGGUGAAAAAGGGGCCAGAUGAUGGAGGUGGUAGACCCUCUGUGACAGUGGUACCAGUUGCACGUUUACCCCCACCAGUCAUCAAGCUGGAGCCAUUAGAUGUGAAACAAGCAGGAUCCGGUGAUGAGGUGCAAUCCAUGGAUGUUAGUCCAGCUUCAAAGGAAGAGCUGAUAUCUAUUCCUGAGUACUCACCAGAUAAAGAUAUUCACCAGAGUUUUAUGACCCACAACCAGGCUCUUAAGGACCUGAUGGACCUGACAGGGAGCGUAACGCACGCAAAGCUUCCCUCAGAGACCACGAUGGGCGACUGCAACAAGAACCUGAUACGGGGGGUUGUCAGUCCGUUGUCAGACUCGAAGCUCAUAGGGGUUACACCCCCAUCAUCAAACAAACUAAACGUCUAGAAGCCUGAUUGUCUUUUUUCUCCUCUCCUCCUGCUAGUUGCCUCUAUCCUCCCUGACUUUGUAACCUAUUCUAGUUAUAGGAACCGAGCCAUAAAGACUGACUGAAAAUGCACACUAUAAACUAAUAAUGGAGCUUGUGAAUGAGUUAUUUUGGUAUUGGUCUGAGGGCGGGAAGCUCAGUAAAAAGAAAUCUAUACAUAUGAAAAGGUAGAAAACAACCAAAACCAUUGAGAUAUCAGGUUUCAGAAUAUAACAACGUUUACGUUCCUGCAUCAGCUUGUUAAGAAUUGCGGAAAAAAAAAAGAUCCUUAAACUUUUGUGAAAUAUUAAAGCAGUAUUUCCACCAGCUUUCUUAUUAUUUAAAUUGAAUUCUCUAAGUUGGUGGGAAACGUGCUUCUGUGUGAACUUCUGUUAUUAAUGCAUGAAUUAAUGACUCUGUAAAAAAAAAAAAAUCCACUCAAACUGAAAGAACCAGUUCCCCUCCCUAUAGAAUCUAAUCUUGGGUCUGUUCACCAUUUGAAACUAUUCCCUAUUUGAUGGGAUUUGAUAGGUGCAUGUCACAGAGAAAGAUGAUGGAUUUUAAAACACAUGGUGCAUCACAAUCGGUCACAUUUAUUUCAAGGUGAAAGGGGUUCAUUUACAGGUGGUAGGAUACAAUAAUCAGACCAGACAGCCUUUAAUUUUGUCUAGAAAAGUCUAGAAAAGUAUUGAAACAUUCUAACAGCUGAGCAUCUCAUAUGGCUUUUUCAAAGUUUUCUGUAGCAGCAGCUUACUUCAUCAGACAAGGUUUCUGUAAAUAUAUCAUCCAGAAAUGAAAUGGACUGUUUAUUUAAAAAGAAAUGCGGCAUGGAUUUUGGUUUGAAGAUCAAUGUAUAAAUGUGACCUAUAGCUUCAAACUCACACUUCCUAGCGCUAGAACAGUGGAUUAGAUGAAAAACUGCUUUAGCAAAUCAGAAAAGGAUGUGCAAUUUCACUAAGAAUUUUCCAUGUUUGUAGGUCAAAUGUUAGGAAAACAUGCCUUAACAAGAGUGACUGGUUGUUUUUUUCCUCCUUUUCUUUGAAUGUUUUUUGUAAGAAUAGUAUAUAUGUAACGUAAUAUUGGGCUUUGCAGGCUUUUAGAUCAUUUGAACAGCGUGCACACUGUAGCAAACAUUGUAACCUGACAUUAACCAGCUAAAAACAUAUAAAGCAUAAUCAUUGCAUUUGCAUUUUUUGCACAUUUAAGGAUUGUUUUGUAAAGUAAGCAUUAUAGCUUAUAUCUAGAAUAUGAAUGUAAGAAAAUAUUUUUCAAAAUACGUUUAGCUCUGCUCAUACCGUAACACAACUCUUCACAGUUAAAAUACAUUAUGCAUACAGAGACCUUGUUCCUGCAUGGUAAGCAUGGUGAUCAUUAUGUAAUUUAAUAAGA